AUGGUGGGUCUGAUCUACGAGAGAGGAAAGUCUGUUCUUAUAUGGAUUGGUCCCUCUACCUUUUACAGCCCGGUUGGUAUGGAUAUUAUCCGUUAUUUUGCCAAUGCAGAGAAGCCCCAGGAUCGUCCUGUGUGGCAGACCUACUCCCAGCACCAAGCCUAUCAGCUGUUGCAAGAUGUGUUAACUCGCAAAUGGUUCUAA